AUGUCUCGUCCAAAUCUCGAUCACAUUGUCAUCCUCAUCUCUCAUGAUGCUCUCCUGACCCUAUCCGACCACCUCCAAGAUCACUUCGUUAUCGCCCCAGGCGGGACCCAUGCCGAUGGACUGACCUCGAAUAAAUUAAUUCUCCUCCCAGAUGGAGUCUACCUUGAAUUCAUUGCCUUUGCCAAAGACGCCGAUCCCGAGCAACGCAGGAAGCAUCGCUGGGGAAACCUAAAGGAAAACACGAUCAUUGACUGGGCUCUCACAUUGCCGAGCGAAAGUGACUUCGCAGCGGUCCAACAACGAGUUCUCGACUCAAACGCCGGCUUUUCCUAUCAAGAUCCAAUUGCCGGAGGUCGAAAGAGGGAAGACGGAGUCAAUUUGGAAUGGGCAAUCAGUGCUGCGAGAGACGCACAUGGCAAUGCAAUCACCCCUGGCCAUCUGCCAUUUUGGUGCCUCGAUAGAACCCCCCGGCACUUGCGAGUGCCCUACCAGGAGCAGUCUGAUCUGACCCGGCAUCCUAGUGGGGUGUUAGGUAUAUCCUCGCUCUCAGUGUCUGUUCCGGAGGCACAGCUUUCUGGUUUCUCAACUGUGUACGAUGCGAUUUACACUCCUGAAGGUUCGGCGGGGUUAGAGCCCCGAAACUGGCAUUAUGAGGUUCCCUCGGGAUUGGGAGCUGGGAGACAUACCAUUUCCCUAUCUGCGAACGAGGUGGAAGCCGCGAUCAGACUUACUUUUCAUGGAGAAAAGCCAGGCCAAGUUGAACUUUUGCCCGGGCUUAUAGUUGCAGUUGAGUCAGAGUAG